GACAAUUUAGUGAUUUGUUGAUAAACUAAAAACAACGUGAUGAAGAUCUCACGAUUUAAAAAGUCUCACAAAACUCUUGCAUUUUUUUCAACGCACUUUGAUUACCGUGAACCGUAUCAGGUGCUUAUUGACGCUACCUUCUGUCAGGCUGCUUUGCAGCACAAGAUCGGAAUAGAUGAACAAAUUAAAAAAUAUUUUCAAUGUAAUGUGAAACUUUUAACUACGCAAUGCGUCAUACUCGAAGCCGAGGCACUAGGAGCUCCAUUGUUAGGCGCCUUAUCGAUUGUCAAGCAGUUCUAUGUGCACAAAUGCGGGCACGAAGGCAAACCUGUUGCAGCUGCGCAGUGUCUUAAAUCGAUGACAAAGGACAAUCGCUACAUAGUUGCAACACAGGAUCGCCUGCUACAGGCAAGUCUUCGUAAGGUGCCCGGACGUUGCCUUCUCUACCUGCACAAAGCGACGCCGGUGCUGGAGGCGCCCUCAGAAGCGUCCAAGAAAUGGGUGCAAAAGAAAGCCAAGAAUUUGAUGCUGGGCCAACACGAACAGAAGAUCGAAUAUAUGAAAGAGAAACAGGGCAUAAAGCCAACUGAGCCCGUUAAGCCGAAAAAAGUCAAGGGACCAAAGAAUCCAAAUCCGCUUUCAUGUAAAAAGAGCAAAAAAGCGAAUAAGCCCAGCCUCCAGCAAGUAGAGCAGACAACACAGCUGAAGGCCAAAAGAAAACGCAUCAAGAUUCCAGAGCACGUGAAAGCAGCACUUGGAUCAAAAUAAACUUCUUUAUAUAAUUU